AUGAACAACCAAUUUCAUUCAAGUUUAUCAACGUACACGAGACCCGAUUUGUUUCCUACUAGGGACGAUGAUGAAGAGCUUUUUGGUAUCAUGGUCGAAUGUGUUGAUUUGCUUGAACAAGGUGAAUCAUCAAGACCAUACAUACCCCGUAGCGUCGUCGAAAGAGAUCGAUAUGGUGCUGACGAGCGCCUAAUGACAGCUUACUUUAACGAAAACCCAAAGUAUUCGUUGAAGAGCUUUAGGCGACGAUUCAGUAUGUCUAGACCUAUGUUCUUGCGCAUCGUGAACGACAUAAUAUCAUACCUAUCUCGCAAUCCAGGUCCUGUGCCUUUGCAUUUUAAAAGAAUGCAAGACAGGCAACUUGAUGCCCGAGGAAAGCCUGGUUUCAACACCAUCCAAAAGUGUGUAUGCGCCAUACGUCAAUUGACGUAUGGCUACAAUCCCGACUCGCUUGACGAGUAUCUACAGAUGGGUGAAGAAACAUCAAGGUGUUAUCUAGACUAUUAUUGCAUGCUUGGAAGCAUUGAUUGCAUGCACUGGCCUUGGAAGAACUGCCCCAAGGCAUGGCAAGGUCAGUUUAUGCGUGGUGAUCACGGUCAUCCAACCAUCAUGCUUGAAGCAGUAGCUUCAUACGAUAGGUGGAUCUGGCAUGCUUUUUUCGGCACAGCUAGUUCGAACAAUGAUAUAAAUGUUCUGAACCAGUCGCCUUUAUUUAGGGAAAUCAUUGAAGAUCGUGCACCUGAUAGCUCGUUCACUGUUAAUGGCACCCACUACAAAAAGGGUUAUUAUCUUGCAGACGACAUUUAUCCCGAAUGGUCGACUUUUGUAAAGGCGUAUUCAUGCCCUCAAGAUGAGAAGCGAAAGAAAUUUAAAAAGUUUCAAGAAAGUGCCCGAAAGGAUGUCGAGCGUGCCUUUGGAGGGCUUUAA